AUGUGGCCAGGUAAAAUGGUCAACCAUACCACUCUGUGGCUCACGUCAGUGGCUUUGUGCAUGCUGGGUCACUGCGGGACAAAUUCGACCCAGAACAGAUCGCAGCAUCCAGACUGGAAAACAGACCAUUCUGAAGCAAGCUUGGUAGCCCACCGCCGUGUCAGGCGGGGCUGGGUCUGGAAUCAGUUCUUUAUUGUGGAGGAGUACACCGGAACUGAGCCACUCUAUGUUGGAAAGAUACACUCAGAUUCAGACAAAGGUGAUGGCUCCAUAAAAUACACCAUAUCAGGAGAAGGUGCAGGAACGGUUUUCAUUAUUGAUGAAAUUACUGGGGAUAUCCAUGCCACGGAGCGCCUGGAUCGUGAAAAGAAGACCUACUACACUCUCCGUGCUCAGGCCCGUGACAAACUGACUGACAGGCCCCUGGAACCAGAAUCGGAAUUUAUUAUCAAGGUCCAGGAUAUUAAUGACAGUGAACCCAAGUUCCUCGAUGGACCGUAUGUUGGCAGUGUCCCUGAGUUGUCACCUGUAGGGACAUCGGUGAUGCAGGUGACUGCUUCAGAUGCAGACGAUCCAACAUAUGGAAGCAGUGCAAGGUUGUUAUACAGUCUGGUGGAGGACCAGGACCAGUUCACAGUGGAUCUCAAGACCGGAGUGAUCCGAACUGCCGUCGCCAACCUGGACCGUGAGAAGAAGGAUCAUUAUGUCUUGGUAAUCCAAGCGAAAGACAUGGCAGGGCAGCUGGGUGGAUUGUCUGGCUCAACUACUGUAACCAUCACCAUCACAGACAUCAAUGAUAACCCUCCGCGAUUCAACCAGAAGUUGUACCAGCUAAGCAUGCUGGAGUCAGCUGCCAUCGGAACGACAGUGGGCAGGGUGAAGGCUGAGGACGUUGACCUGGGACAAAACUCUGAGAUGACCUACGUGGUCAAAGAGGAGGAGAGCUCUGAUAGGUUCAGUGUCAUUACAGACCCAGAAGCACAGGAAGGGAUUAUCAUUCUCAAAAAGCCAUUGGACUUUGAAACCCAGAGAACACAUAGUCUGCUGCUGGAAGCAGUGAAUAAAUACAUUGACCCCCAGUUUGAGAACCUCAGAUCCUUCAAGGACUGGACUAGUGUCAGGGUGACGGUUAAAGACAUUGAUGAGCCACCUGUAUUCACCUCGCAAACAAACGUGAUAGAUGUUCGAGAAGAUACCCCGGUUGGAAGUGUCAUUGGCUCCAUCACUGCACGUGAUCCUGACUUAACCAACAGCCCCAUCAGGUACUCUAUCGACCGUAACACUGACUUGGAGAGAAUAUUUAAUGUGGAUGCAAACACUGGACAGAUCACAAUUGUCAAAAGAUUGGAUCGGGAAACUGCAGGAUGGCACAAUAUCACCGUGAUAGCAAUGGAGACAGUAACAGAAAACCAUGCACAAGUGAGCAAGGCCUCCCUCAGUGUCAGGAUCCUGGACAUCAAUGACAAUGCUCCAGAACUUUCUAUGCCAUUCGAAACUGCUAUCUGUGAAGAUGCCAAACCGGGUCAGCUGGUGCACACAGUCAGUGUGGUGGAUAAAGACGAGCCACAGGGCGGGCAUCACUUUUACUUCACGCUGGCUCCAGAGGCAGCCGACAGUCGCCACUUCACCCUCUGGGAUAUCAAAGAAAAUACAGCUGGUAUUCUAACCCACAGGAAUGGGUUUAACCGUCAAGAGCAAGACAUCUAUUUUCUCCCAAUCCUUGUGGUUGACAGUGGGCCACCAGCCCUGAGCAGUACUGGAACCCUCACAGUUCGGGUGUGUGGGUGUGACAGCGAUGGGACCAUCCAGUCUUGCAGUGCUACUGCUUAUGUUGUGUCUACUGUUCUGAGUCCUGGGGCACUUAUAGCUCUGCUGGUUUGCAUCCUUAUACUCAUAGUACUUGUCCUCCUCAUCUUGACGCUGAAGAGACACCGAAAGGGACACAUGGUCUCUGAGGAUGAGGAAGAUAUGCGGGACAAUGUAAUUAAGUACAAUGAUGAAGGAGGAGGGGAGGAAGACACUGAGGCUUAUGACAUGACAACGCUGCGAAGCCUGUAUGAUUUCACAGAAGUCAAAGCAGAAAGUAUGACCCCCGAACUUCACUUGCUGCCCCAGUGGUUUCAAAAUCCAGAUGUGGAUUUCUCCAUUUUCAGGAGUUUUGUCUGUAAAAAGCUUGAAGAAGCUGAUGCCGAUCUCUCUGUCCCUCCAUAUGACUCUUUUCAAACAUAUGCGUAUGAAGGCACGUGUUCAGCGGCACAGUCUCUCAGCUCCAUCAACUCUCUGUCUUCUGACUCAGAUCAGGACUAUAACUACCUCAGUGACUGGGGACCUCGGUUUCGACAGCUUGCUGGACUUUACUCAGGAAAUGAGGCAGAUGAUGGAUCCUAGCAUCUGGCAGCCUAACCCCAGUUCUUUUGGCUCUCCUGGAAAAAUAGUACAA